AUGCCAGUGAGUCCUCAUCGUUCCCAAUUCCACGUCAAUUGGUUGUCGGACUCACGUUCUCCUCCCGCACUGUUCAGAUUCGAUAUCGUGAAAGCCUUGUCCUUGAAGAACAGGGCCCAACAUGACAGAGCCUUGAGGCGCCAUCAGGAUCAGGCUGUGUCAGGACAGGCCAAUUCGGCCGGCAAGGGACAUGCCGCAUGUGACAAACCUGACACACCUGUCACUGGCCCAACCGGCUCCGAAACGAGGUCGAAUGAUGCCGCCGCCGAUGACUUGAGUGGGAACGGACUGCUGGAAUUCUUCCAGCAUGGCACCAGCGCCGAGUCCUGGUCUCGGUUCGACAGCCUUAAAGAAGCUCGCAUGUGCUACGUGGGGACUCCGAUAUCCAACCUAGCAUACCUCGUCAGUCAAGAACGAUGUGGCGACGACACCAACCUGCACUUCCCCAUCCCCCAAAUUCACCGGGCAGUGUCGUGGACCAUUGGCUCCAGCCUGCCCUCACUCCGGCUCCGCCAGCCCGUGGAAUCGGACUUGAGCUCAUUGCCAGUCAAAGAAGUGCGAGAUGCUCUGAUCGAAGCAUUCUUCCGCGACAUUUACCCCAUCUUCCCCAUUUUGGACGAGGCUGAAUGGCAACACCACUGUGCGAGCCCGGACUCGCCGCCUCCACUUUUACUGUACCAGGCCAUCCUUCUAGCCGCCGACAUCCUGUACGCCUUCUCACCUGGCUCCGUUCGAACCUCUGGCAACCUGCAGGACACCAGCGUCCUGGACUCGCGGCUGGCCACCUGGGUCAGGACCCUCCCGCCGGGGAACGACUUCUAUACCCUGCAGCUGCGCCUCCACUACAACACCGCUCUCCUGCACCUCCAUCGGACGGUCCUUCAAGAAUCCAAGGCCCCGAUUGCGACCCUGACCCAUUCCGCCAAACUGUGCGAGAGUGCCGCCGAAACCUCGGUGGGCAUCCUUUCGUCCCUGAUCCAGUCCGGCACAAUCCGACGCUGUUACUUCACCGCGUCAACCGCCGUCAUGGCCGCGGCGAUACAAUUCAUCCGGGAAAUGCGCUCAGCCAUUGCGCAGAACUCGUCGCUGCUGGCGCUCCAGGCACAGGACCGGUUGGAGGGCUGUUUCCCCGUCAUGAACGAGCUGACACGCUACUGGCCCGCGACCAGUGCGACGCUCAAGUUGUUCCAGCACGUCUCGGAAACGACAAAGCCCAUGAUGGACUCGCAUUUCAACAAUCAAGUUUCGCGCGUCUCUUCUGACGCUGCUGCCGUGAAUGCUUCAUGUCAAGACCUCGGGCCGGAAAAUUGGAAUUCCAUGUUUUCCAAUCUCUAUACCAUUGCUCCAGAGCCGGACUGGUCCAACAUCGAGUCCUGGUUUGAGGUCUAA